UGUACUAGUGUUUGCAUCAUGAUCAAACACUACUACUACUACUACCACCUUUGUAUCAUUAAAAAGCAGAGACUUGUUCUUCACUACUACCUAAUCCCUCCUAUUUUCUCUCUUUACAACUCUUCUACAAAUGUUGCAUCUGUAAAACCAACCCCCUUAAAUUUCGUUUAUCCUUUUUGGGAUCUGAGUUACAUUACUUUUUACUUUCCUUAAUCACUCAAAAAACACCAAACCCAAUAUUUGGUUCUUGAUUUUAAGCUUUUCUUGAAAAUAGUUUGAAUACUUGUACUACAAUCAUUUUGUGGUUAUAUAGGCUUUAGGCAUUCAGAUAUAGACCCAUUUUUGUUAAGACUUUUCUCAAAUGAUUGAGUUUGAGUUCAAGAUUAUAAUAAAGUUCUGAUCUUUUUGACUCAGGGGCAUUUUUAUGGCAUACCCAUCAGACCAUAGGUCCUCCUCUAGUCGUGGGACAGUGAGAUUUGUUUUAGUUGUGGCGGGUUUGUUAUUGAUUGUUUACAUGGUGAGACCAACAAGAUUGCAGCAUUCUAAGGCUUUGGCUUCAUGUCCUCCAUGUUUCUGUGAUUGUGAGGUGGAUCCUAUGUUCUCCCCUAUAGACAUCUUAAACAGCUCAUUGGCAGACUGUGGUAAAGAUGAUCCUCAGGUGAAUGAAGAGAUGAAGAAGGACAUUGCUACUUUACUAGCGGAGGAGAUUAACUUGCAAAAAAAUGUGACUGAUGAUGUUUUGGAACGCACAAAAGCUCUAAUUAUGAGCGCCAAAAGAGCAUCGUCCCAUUACCAAAAAGAAUCAGAGAAGUGCAACAUAGGGAUAGAUACAUGUGAGGGAGGUAGGGAAAAGGCUGAAGCUGCAUUGGCAGAAGAGCGCAAGCUCUCUGCACUCUGGGAGACUCGAGCCAAUGAGUUUGGCUGGAAGGAUUAGUCAAGAGGAAAAUUGACCAUUUAAAUUUUGGUCUCUGUUAGAAUUAGAAUAGACAUGCACUUGUAUGCCUCUUUCCUUGUGUACACCCAUUUUGUGAAUAUGGUUUUUGCAUUUCUGUCUGUCUAGGAUUUCAUUCCUUACACUUCAGAUUGUGUUGAUUUCAGUUAAUAAUUUCAUUCCAAGUUUAGUGUUGUCACAAUUCACAUCAUUGCGAAAAGAUGCGUGUGGCUUUCAAUUUAGACCAGCAUACCUGUAAACUGGAGGAAAUGCAAUAUUAUCUCAUUUCUAGCUCA